AUGGCCUUUACGCUGUACUCGCUGCUGCAGGCGGCCCUGCUCUGUGUCAAUGCCAUCGCCGUGCUGCACGAGGAGCGCUUCCUCAAGAACAUUGGCUGGGGAACAGACCAGGGAAUUGGCGGGUUCGGAGAGGAGCCAGGAAUUAAAUCUCAGCUAAUGAACCUUGUUCGAUCUGUAAGAACCGUGAUGAGAGUGCCAUUGAUAAUAGUGAACUCAGUUGUAAUAGUAUUACUUUUAUUGUUUGGGUGAAGACCACCAGGGGAAAUGGAGACUCAGAAGAAGAGAUGACAGGAAGAGUUAUUACUUCAGUCAUUAUUGGAAAGUAGAUCUCUUAGCUGGCCAACCUUGCACUUG